ACCCUCGCGCCCUAACGAAUUAUUAGAUUCCUCGUGGCGCCACCGGUUGCUGGUGGGCCUACGGGGAUUACACAGGGCUGCAAGGGCUGCGAGAUCUCUCCAUGUGGCCACCAGGAGCAGGGUCAUGAAUUAUAUGCAAUUCCUUACUAUUUGCUAGCCGUAAUGACACCCUAUGUGUAUAGGCCAAAGCCCAAGAUCCUCAGGAUCUCCUGGUUCUGCAGAGGUCAACUGUUGGUUGCAUUGCGUGCCUCCAAACCGCGUAUUACAUCUGACCUGUUAUUGACUUGCAUAAAAUCAACCAUGACAAUACAAGCCUUUGAUCCUGCACUGAUACCUAGCAUCCGCGAAUGAACCUGAGUGAAGUAGCACCGUCUGCUUUGUUGGCUGCAAUGCCUAAAAGAAGGCUGUUCAUAUAUAUAUAUAUAUGGCGGUCUGUGGCCCAGCCUGCCGCGGUCACUUCGAUUCCUACUCUCUCUCUUCCUGUGUGUGUGUCUCUCUCUGUCUUUUGAUCAUUACGGCGCAGACCACUCUCUCCUCAAGUGCCCCAAGCCGGAUGGAAACGAUGCAGCCCUUGUCCCAGAGCCCCACGACCAAUAAGACCCAGGGCCCAUGCCGCCAAAGGCCAGUCAAACUUCGCAAUGCUUGCAAUGCUUGUUGCUCUGCCAAGGUCAAGUGCUCAGGAGAACGAACAGGCUGCACACGAUGUCGCGCAAAUGGUAGUAGUUGCCUCUAUCUUGAAUCGAGGGCUGGCAAGGUCCCUGGUAUACGAGCAAAGAAGAAGCACAGCCAUAGCCAAGCCCUGGAGGACUACCGAGCCGACGGGACGCCAAGCAAUGAGAACUCACCGUCUGAUAGAGGCAAUGCAUUUCCUGAUAUCGAUGGCAGCGCCGCUACAACCGAUCCGGUGUCUUGGUGUGACUGGAAUUUCGAUGGGACCGAACUCGACACCAACUCCCCUCAAGAGCCUUCAAUCGAGGUCGCUCCGCACAUCCUGCGCAAGGAGUCUUCAGUCUCUCACAGCUCCCAGGUGGUUUCUUCAACCCCUGGAGUUUACGAGGCAUCCGUGGAGAACCAUAGUCUCGCCGACCUCGAACUAAACUUUCGGGAUGCCGACGCAAGUGUACUUGAGCAGCACUUUCAAUUACCUGAGACUCUAAUUGCUCCUCUGCCCCUCGGCACCCGGCCACGGGACGGGGAAGACAGCCAGUGUUUCUUGGAGUGCUGUCAUCUUCUAAGAGACCUGGAGGAUAUCAUCGACGGCGAGCUCAAGACGUCUAAAGUAGCUCUCGGGUAUAUCAAACAUGCCUUGGACCAACUCUCCAAGUUCAUCGAGGCUCAACAGCAAGCCAAGAAUCUACGGUGUCGCAUGCUAUUCGCUACCCUCAUGUACCAAGUAAUAGAGCUAUUUGAAAUAUGCCUUUCGGCCGCAAUGGCCGAAAAAGACCGCCUGCGAAAUAGAACUAGCGGACGGAGCGGUCUCCUGGGCAUUGGCGACUAUGGGGUGGAAGCCGAGGAGCAGUUGGCGAUCAGGACCCAGGCGAUGCACAGAGAAGCAAUGCACGCCACCAAGAUCUUGGAGAAGCUGAAGGAGCUGGCUGUCAUUGACACGGGCCAGAGCAUUCCCCAUUCACAAUCACAAGCAAUAGGAGGGUAUCAUCACGCUGACCUGCAGCUUCGAUUGGGUGAAAUUGCAAGGCGGCUUGCUGCCGCUUAGGAAGUAGGUACCUCGUUUCUGAAGCUGUUUAUAUACCUACUUUGCGCACCUGAAUCCGGCAGUUCUCAUCGUUACCAUAUAUAAUGCAUUCGUAAUUCAGUGUCGUGUUGGGGUUGUGGCGCAUCCCUCAGAAUUAAGCGAUUCCAGAGUGAGUGUAUUGAUUCCGUGUGUCUUGUGUACUGGUACAUGUGGGAGACUACCUUCGCGCCAGGGGGGGUAAGAAAUUUAUGUUAGAUAUUCUCCAAAGUGAACUCAUUAUAUUUAGCCCAUUUAGCUGACACAAAGAUGUUUAAAUUAAAAGUAUACCUAUAUUAAA